AGCUCAGUCCACAGUAGGAGGAUCAGUUCAGCUUCUCUUUGCAGCUGGAUUCAUUUGACUGCCUGCUGUGGUCUGCUGUCAUUUUCUCAGUCUGCUGGAUUAGUUUGGUAGGAGCGGUUGACAGACAUGUCGAAGACCUCGGAGCAUCGCUCACACCUGAUUCUGGAGAACUUCAUUGGAGGGAAGUUCGUGUCUUGUCGGAGUCACAUCGACUCCUACGAUCCCUCCACUGGAGAGGUGUACUGCAAAGUACCUGACAGCUGCGAGGAGGAGGUGGAGGCAGCGGUUGCAGCAGCUAAAGAUGCCUUCCCUGGAUGGUCUGGCCGCAGCCCAGAGCAGCGAGCACAAGUGCUCAACAAGCUGGCCGAUCUGAUGGAAGCGCGUCUGGAGGAGUUUGCCCAAGCUGAGUCCAGGGACCAAGGUAAAACAGUAACAUUUGCACGGACUGUGGACAUCCCACGAUCCGUGUACAAUUUCCGCUUCUUCGCAUCGUCGGUGCUCCACCACACCACCGACUGCAGCCAGAUGGACCACUUGGGCUGCCUGAACUACACAAUCCGCUGCCCUGUGGGAGUGGCUGGGCUGAUCAGUCCAUGGAAUCUCCCCCUUUACCUGCUGACCUGGAAGAUCGCACCUGCAAUCGCUACAGGCAACACUGUGGUGGCGAAACCCAGCGAGAUGACCUCCGUGACUGCCUGGAUGAUGUGCAAGUUGAUGCAGCAAGCUGGUGUGCCUCCAGGAGUAGUCAACAUCGUGUUUGGCACUGGCCCAAGAGCAGGCAAUGCCCUGGUUGUCCAUCCUGACGUCCCAUUGAUCUCCUUCACUGGCUCCACAGCAACUGCCCGACACAUCACAGAGCGGAGCGCCCCCUUCUGUAAGAAGCUCUCACUGGAGCUGGGAGGUAAAAACCCUGCCCUUAUUUUUGCAGAUGCAGACCUGGACCAGUGCAUCGAGACCACGAUUCGCUCCAGCUUCUCCAAUCAGGGGGAAAUCUGCUUGUGCACAAGUAGGAUUUAUGUAGAGAGGAGUAUUUACUCUGAGUUCCUGAAAAGGUUUGUGGCUGCAGCUAAGAAGUGGAAAACAGGUGACCCCUCUGACCCCAGCAACAACAACGGAGCACUCAUCAGCAAAGAGCACCUGGAGAAGGUUCAAAGCUUUGUAGCGCUUGCCAAAUCCGAAGGUGGCAUCAUCCACUGUGGGGAGGGGGUUGACAAGCUGGACCUCUCCGAGCGAAACGGCAACGGCUACUUUAUGCCGGCCACGGUCAUCUCAGGCGUAUCUGACAGUUCCCGAGUUAUGCAGGAGGAGAUCUUUGGCCCCGUCACCUGCAUCAGCCCCUUUGAUACUGAGAAUGAGGCCGUUUCCAAGGGCAAUGGUGUGCGUUACGGUCUGGCUGCCACUGUGUGGUCCCGGGACGUGGGGAAGGUUCACCGAGUGGCUAGGCAGUUACAGGCAGGUCUGGUGUGGACCAAUUGCUGGCUGGUGAGAGAUCUGAACCUGCCCUUUGGAGGGAUGAAGAACUCUGGUGUGGGAAGGGAGGGAGGGAAGGAUUCCUACCACUUCUUCACUGAGGUGAAGAGUGUCACCAUUAAACACUAAGGAAGGGGAGAGAAGAUGGCAGCACUGACAAGUCUUGAUUGGUUAAACAUUGUCUGUUAGAAGCGGGUACAAAAAUAUGGAGAAAGUUUUGUAGUUAAUCUUAACAUUCAUCAACCUCGGUCUGCAGCUCUGAUGAAUUUCAGCAAAUUUUCUCAGAUUACUGGAGCUUGUAAUGAAUUCCCAUUUUUUUAAGAGUCAAAAUGGAAUGAAAUGAGUGAAUAAACUAGAAGAGAUCCAAUUGAAAUGUCUGGUGAAGAGGAAAUAUAUUGCAAUGCAAAACAAAGUAAUGUGUCUAACUAUUUCAUUCACUCUUUGCUGAAGAUUUUAUACCACCAUCCUCCUCUGUUGAGCAGUUGAGAUUGAUUAAUACUAAUAGAAAAAUGAAAAUGUUUCUCAUGAAGCAGAUAAAGAGACAACAGCAACAUUUGCCUCAAGCUAACCAAAUCCCAAAACCAAAUCAAUUGUUCACAGCAAAACUUUAUGACUGUUCUGGUAUUCGUUCAGCAGUUGUUCUGCAACACAACUUUUGUCCCAAAUUCAAAACACCUUAUGUAAAAGCCACAUGUAGUGCAAUGUGUUUUUAUGUGUGCUACAAAGUCUGCGUUGUCAUUCUCAUCUGUGGAAUGCAGUAACUCUUGAUAGCGUCUAUGACACAAUGACAAAUAGAUGUCAGAUUCUGGGUCUGUUACGAGAAAACAAGUCUGCAGACAUAAGAUUAAGUUUUACAUUUUAAUCUGCACACUUGUACUUUUUUUUCCCCAUGCGCUGUGGUGUUGUGCUUUAUGACUGCAAACUCGGUCAAAGUCUCUUCUGUUGCAGAAAUUUUUUACGUCACGCAAACUUUACUUUAUAUACUUUGAAGUAGAUUGAGUUGUUUUCAUGUCUGGCCUGCUGACAUAAGAGAGGUGACUAAAUACCAAACUGUCAACUUGGACAACAUGUCUAGAGGGAGAACUCGAAUGACAGCAAGCUGAGAGGAGUGGAUGUCUGUCUGACUAGAGGCACAUUUUGCAAAAAUCUGUCAUGAAAAUACUUAGUGCUUUUAAGUAUUUAAAUGAUAUAAUGAAUCGAAUGGACUUGAUUACAAAAAACAACUUGUGAAAGCCCCAUUUCCCUUUAUCAUGAAUUUCUCAGAUAUGUGAAAUAUCCAAAAACCAGACAACCAAAUUAUCCUUGUGUCAAAUGUGAAAAUCUAUUUCACAAAUUAUGUUGUCACCCCUUGAGCCAAACAGUAACAUGUCUAAAAAUAUAUUUCUUGAACACUGUGUUUCAUGUGUCCACAUGUGAUUUUACAUGUAAAGUUUUGUGUCCUGCAAGUUGAGGUCAUACCAUACCAUGUAGCCACUAGAUAUCAUGCACAAAGGAAAACCACAUGGCUUAUAUCAAGUGAAUUUAUCUGGCGUUUAUGUCCCAUUUUGACUUUUUAUUUUGAACUUAAAACCCAUUCAAAAAAGAUCAAAAUCAUUUAAGUGAUGUAAACCACAGCCAACCCUCAGCUUGUCUCAUCAUUUUCUGGUCAUAUUUUUCUUGUACUUUUCAGCACACCCCCCCUCCCCUCUUUGCCCCAUAAUAAACACACCUCCUCUCCUUGCUAAA